CGAGUGCCGGCGACGCCGCGUCCAUUUUGGCCGAAAUAAGCGACGGAUCCCGCCUCGUCGACGCCGGUGCAAGCUAUUCCCCUUCGCAGUAAGUUCUUCGAUAAUCUCGAGGCUGUGUUGCACUUGUUACACGUACGCACGACGCGGUGUGAUUUCGUUCCCGCAUAUAGGCUUUUAUACUGAAAAAUUUAACAAAGGACUAAGAUGGCAGAUUUACAGGGAGUAACUGUAACGCAGGAUGCCUUAUCCGUGGCUCAACUGGAGCUCGGUGGUAAUCCCAAUGCCCUUGCGCUUCGUAGGCCUUUCGAUCCGGCUGCUCAUGACCUGGACGCAACCUUCCGCUUAACGCGGUUCGCCGACUUAAAAGGAUGAGGGUGCAAGGUCCCUCAGGAGAUUCUUGGUAAACUCCUUGAGGGACUGCAGGCUGACGAUGGUGGUGCCCAGGAUCAUGAGCAUGCCCACUUUAUGCAUAUGGCCACGCCACGCAUCGGCAUUGGUAUGGAUUCCUCUGUAACUCCACUGAGACACGGUGGGCUGAGCUUAGUUCAAACAACAGACUUUUUUUAUCCACUUGUCGAUGAUCCAUAUAUGAUGGGGAAAAUUGCCUGUGCCAAUGUAGUUAGUGAUCUUUAUGCUAUGGGCGUAACGGAAUGCGAUAACAUGCUAAUGUUGUUGGGAGUAAGUACGAAAAUGACUGAGAAGGAAAGAGACGUAGUUGUUCCACUGAUAAUGAGAGGAUUUAAGGACUCCGCUUUGGAAGCUGGAACAACGGUCACAGGUGGUCAAACAGUUGUAAAUCCAUGGUGCACCAUUGGUGGUGUGGCUACGACGGUCUGUCAACCAAACGAAUAUAUAGUCCCAGAUAAUGCAGUAGUAGGAGAUGUAUUAGUAUUAACAAAACCCCUUGGUACGCAAGUGGCUGUUAAUGCACAUCAGUGGCUGGACCAACCGGAUCGUUGGAAUCGUAUAAAACUUGUAGUUAGCGAGGAUGACGUUCGUAAGGCUUAUCAACGUGCAAUGGACAGUAUGGCUAGACUCAACAGAAUAGCUGCGCGUUUAAUGCACAAAUACAAUGCUCAUGGCGCUACGGAUGUCACCGGAUUUGGGUUGUUAGGUCAUGCCCAAAAUUUGGCAAAGCAUCAAAAGAACGAGGUGUCCUUCGUCAUUCAUAAUCUCCCAGUCAUUGCAAAGAUGGCUGCUGUCGCAAAAGCUUGUGGUAAUAUGUUUCAGCUUUUGCAAGGACACUCCGCCGAGACAAGUGGCGGUCUUCUUAUCUGCUUACCUCGAGAGCAGGCUGCAGCAUAUUGUAAAGAUAUUGAAAAACAAGAAGGUUAUCAGGCCUGGAUCAUUGGUAUUGUUGAAAAAGGUAAUCGUUCAGCGCGAAUAAUCGACAAACCGCGAGUAAUUGAAGUACCAGCAAAGGAAAAGGAUGGAGAGCUCUGGUAAUUAAAGACAAAUGAGGACAGCUAUGCCAUUCCCGUACGAAAGAGAAACCUUCAUGUUUAUUUUUUCUUUUUAAAUUUUUUAUAUCCAUUCUGCAUAAUUGUCAAAAAUUGUUCU